UCCUGGUCCCGGUCUCCUCCCGGGGCUGACGCGGUUUGUUGACAUCAGCUCCUCCGCUUUGGGGCGAUGUCAGGUGGAUUUGUUCUGCGUGAUGUCUCGGUGCUGUGGACGCUUCUGCCCGGACCCCAGAGCCUCCAGCACGGCCUGUAGCAUCCCGGGACCCCGCUGAACCCACCCGGAACCUCCCGCACCUCCCAGGACCGGGACCGGCGCCUCCCGGAGCCUCCCGGAGCCUCCAGAACCGCGUAAGCCCGAAGUGUGCGCCGCGGUGACUCAUCAUGGCGUCGACCCAGGACUCGGUUCUGAGGGAGUUCUGUCCCCUGUACUACCUCCUCAACACCAUCCCUGCCAAGGUCCAGCGUGGGUUCCGGUCGGUUGUGGUCUACCUCACGGCGGUGGACUGUAGUCCAGACUUCGUUGCCGUGGGCAGCAGCAUCGGCAUGUUGUACCUGUACUGCAGACGCCAGGGUCACAUGACCAAAUACAGCAUCGAGGGGAAGUCGGACUCUCUGACGGCGGUGAAGUUGCUCUCGUGUUUUGAUGACCUUGUGGCCGUAGGAACAGCGUCAGGGCGGGUCGCCGUGUUCCAGCUCGUCUCACCUUUACCUGGACGCAACAAACAGCUGCGGCGGUUCGAUGUUUCGGAUCAGCACCGGGGCCCGGUCACCGCUCUGGCCUGGAGCACCAACGGCAUGAAGCUUUUCUCUGGAGACGACAAAGGACGAGUCGUGUUCACCGCCAUCGACCUGGACCAGGGGGAGUGCCGGCCAGUGCUGGUUCUGGAGGAGUCUUCGGCCGUGGUCCAGAUCCAGUACCGUUCCCAGGUUCUGCUCGUGUCCACUCUCCACCGGACCCUCCUCCACCACCAGAACCAGGACCCCCGGACCCUCCAGAGUCCAGACCAGAACCACAGCCAGAACCAGGUCCAAACCAGCCAGAACCCCGCCACCAAGACCAUCGGCACCCAGCCCCGGAAGAGCAGCGGUCGUUUCGGCGCCUGUUUCCUUCCGUCUCUGUGUAAACAAAGUGACCUUCAGGUGUUUGCUGCUCGUCCUGGACUCAGACUCUGGAGAUCCAACGUGGAGGGAGAAGUUCAGGAGACGCGUCUGCUCAAAGGACUCUUCAGCCACAAGGUCCCACAGGUGGCGCUCUUCCCUCGGCCGUCUCCGUCUGGGGGGUGCAGUCCCUCAGAGCGACAGCUGGGGGCGCUCUGCUGCUUCCAUCAGAAUUGGCUCCUGAGCUGGAAUGAGUACAGCCUCUACGUCCUGGACUACAGCACCCAGGAGCUGGUCGGGGUCCUGGAGUCCAGUGGAGAUCUGGUCUCGGUAUCAUGUUCUGAAAACGAGAUCUUCCUCCUGAAAGGCGACCGAGACAUCAUCCGCCUGUCCACCACCCCCGAGGGCGUCCCCCACAGUGCGGACCUGUCAGGGCGGAUGACAUCACCUCUGACCCCGCUGACCCCCACCUUCCUGCCCCCCACUGGCGCCGUGGAGACCGCUCAGCCAAUCAGAACGCUCCCCAUCAUCACAGAGGGCGGGACCGAGGACAGAGGAGACGAGGAGACAGGAGAGGAGGCGAGAGAGGAGGGGGCGGAGCCUCGUUCACGAAGCCGCAGCAGCUCGCUGACGUCAUCAGUGACAUCACACGACAGCCCCAGAUACUACGCUCCCAUUGGUCAAGAGCAGCACUCAGCCCCGCCCACAGACCCCAAAUACUGCGCUCCCAUUGGACAAGAGCAGCCAGAGCUCGUGGUGACGGCGGUGAGACUGAAGAAGAGACGCCGACGCCGGAAAGACAGUGGAACUGGCCAAUCAGAGGACAGCUGCUCAGAAUCUCUCUUCCCAUUGGACGAUGGUAGCAGUGAAGCAGGAAGUGACCGGACCUCCCUCUGUGGUCCGGACCAGGACCAGGAUCAGGACCAGGAUCAGGACCAGGACCAGGACCAGGACCAGAACCAGGCUGAGUCCAGGGCCCUGCCGCCCCCCGCUGCCCUGACCCUGAGCCCUCCAGUCCCAGGACCAGGAUCAGGACCUGAACCAGGUCCAGACCCGGUUCCUCAGACUCCAGAUGUGGACCUCCUGUUGGAAUGCACCUUCUCUUAUCAGCACCAGGACCCGCCGUUAGACCAGAUGCCCUCCCAACUCUAUCGCGAGACCGGACCGGACCGCGAGACCGGACCGGACCGCGAGACCGGACCGGACCGCGAGACCGGACCGGACCGCGAGACCGGACCGGACCGCGAGACCGGACCGGACCAGGACCGGGACCUGAAGUCGUGCGUCUCGAGUGAUGAGGAGGACAUUUACUCGACGGCGCCCCCCGUCUGUCACCGCGACAACCACAGCCCGCCCACCGAUCAGGAGCCGCCGUCCCUCGACCAAUCAGAGCGCAGAGACACGCGCCCGGAGCCCGUGUGCGAGAGCUGGAUGUGCCACGGGGGCCCGGGCUCCGGCAUCCUGCGCCUGCUCGUCACCGACAGGUAUCUCUGGUGUCUGGACUUUAAAGGAGGACUUUUCUUCUCUUCUCUGUCUGAGACGGGACUCACCUGGCAACGCUUCGACGAGAACGUCCACCAGGCGGCGCUGUCCCCCUCAGGUGCUCUGCUGUGGAAGGUGGAGCAGAGGUCUCUGAUGGCGUUGGCGAGCUCGCGGGCGGCGGGGGGGCGGAGACACUGGUAUAAGGCGCUGGAGCACGCCGCCUACGUGGACCUGAGCGAGGACUCGGCCUGGAUCAUCCGGACCAACGGGGACCUGUACCUGCAGACAGGUCUGAGUGCAGAGCGUCCGUGCGCGCGCUCGGUGCGGGUGGAGACUCCAGGUGUGUUCGUGCAGGUGUGUGUGGGAGGGGGCGUGGUCUGGGCGCUCACCGAACAUAAAGCCGUUUUCUACAGAGAAGGACUCAACAGCUUCUGCAGCGAAGGAGAACGCUGGGUCCAGGACACAGUCAGUGAGGCCCAGGGGGUGGAGCCCGUCUGUCUGGCGCUCGGUCCUGGUCUGGUCUGGGCCCUGGACUCUGACGGAAGUUUGUGGUUCAGAACCGGGAUCAGUCCAACGAGACCCCAAGGAACCGACGACCACUGGUGGGAGGUCCGGAUCUGGGACUACGCUCCGUUGGACCAGGGCAGUCUGUUCCAGUCGCUCUGGUCUGGUUCCGGUCUUGGUUCCGGUCUGGGGUCUGGUCUUGGUUCUGGUCUUGGUCUUCGGGGGGGUCCUGUAGACCGGGUCGUGUCCUUCCUGUCCCAGUCGUCUCAGGUCCAGCCGACGCUGAUCUGCUCCGGACCGUCUGGAGUCUGGGUCGGGUCGGCCCGGAACCAGAUCCACCACCACCACAGCGGCAGGAUCACAGGGAGUUUCUGGCAGACGUUGGUUCCUCGAGGAACAGUGUCGUCCACCAAAUGGAGCUUCAUCACCUCGUCCUCCGUCCACCCCCCGACUACAGGUUCGUUCCUGUGGUUGGCUCAGAGUCGCAGAGAUCUGUUCUGUGUUUGGGACCAAGACGGAGAACUGAGGCCCUCCAGUGUCCCCCUGCCCCCAGAGGUGGAGCUGUGUCACGUGUCGGCCUGUAGAGACGCUCUCUGGGCUCUGGACUCUCACGGUCGGGUUCUGAUCCGGACUCUGACCCAGUCCUGCCCCUCGGGCCUCACCUGGACUCUGCUGGACCUCAGCCAGUUAGGAGUUGUGCGUCUGGUGUGCGUCUCUUGUGGCUCUCAGAACGUCUGGGCUCUGGAUUCUCGGGGUCUCGUUUAUUUCCGCGUCGGGACUCAACCCCUGAACCCGAACAUGAUGCUUCCGGCCUGGAUCAGCAUCGAACCCCCAACCCUGCCCGUCGGGGUUCACUUGGUUCACAUCGUGAACAGUCCGUGUGACCGGAGGCUUUGGGCGCUCGACAACAGAGGAGCCGUGUUUGUACGAAGUGGACUGAGCGACGAGAUGCCUGUGGGCACCGGCUGGGACCACGUACCAGGUCUUCUGGUGGCUCAGGUCCUGUUGGGUCUGGACUCGGUUUGGGUUCGUGGUGUAAAUGGAGAAGUUUCUCGGAGAGUCGGCGUCUCACAGAAAAACUGUGCAGGAGAUUAUUGGAGACGCAGCCCCGGGACCUGCUCCUGCCUGACAGUGACCCCGGGAGACGAGCUCUGGGCCGUGACACCAAAUGGACUUUUGUCUCGCCGUUUAACGAAGCUCCUCCCACAUUGCCCUGGCCCCACCUCCUCCGCCAACAGAGGCCACGCCCCCUCGGUGACAUCACUGAGCGCGGAGGACGGCGACGACGAAUGGGAGCUCAUCUGACGCACACGCAGCCAAUGAGAAGAGAGCGGCGACUCACGUGGACCAAUAGGAGCAGAGUUUUCUCUAAUUUAAAUAUUUCUCACAAAUGUAACUUUAACAUUAAAGUCUAACGUUUAAAACGGCCAAUAGGAGCUCGUCUAACCUCUGAGCGCCGGGAGCAAGGCCUCAUGGGAAAUGUAGUUUGUUUUAAAGGGAACUUGACACGAUUAAACACUGAACUAAACCAAACGUUACUGAAUCUAAAAUGGAACUCAGGAGCAAAGCCUCAUGGGAAAUGGAGUUCCUGUGUAGUUUAUGAAGACACGUCUUUAGUGAUAGAAGUGUGGAGGUGGAGAGGGGGCUGAUGGGAAAUGGAGUCUGUGAUUUAAAUGUGAAAAGUGUUUGGGAGAAAAAGGGAUAAACUCUGACGUCAAAGUGAAAUCUGAACUUUUGUGGGUUUGUGGUUUGUGGAAGCACUUUAGUCAAACUGCACUUCACUGUUGGACCUGCAGGGGUCACUCUGUCUUUAGUUUACAUUUUAUUUCAUGUUUUGUUUUGUUUUUUCAUGUUUUGUUGCCAUUUUUGUCAAAUGUGAAACGGUUCAAGUUUGUAAAAAGAAUCAAAACUGUAAAAGUUUGUCCAGAGGAAAUUAAAUUAAGAAACUGUGGAACAAAAGCUUCAUCUGCCCCGACUUCUGUUCCUGCUGCCCCCCAUGAGCUUCAUUUGGCCCUGGUCUCGUCUCUGGUUGGAGGCGUCUGCGGCCACAGAAAAGGGGGCGGGGUCUUUGUUGUUGGUCAGAUUUACACGUUUACAUGAGGUUUUUCAAAUUCUGAAUUCAAAUCUCAUCUUGUUUCCAUGUAAAUAAAUAAUAAUAAUAAUAAUAAUAAUAAUGAUGUUUCUUGUUGUUUGGUGUUAAACUGGUGAGAUGUUUUUGAUUUCCUGUGUGUGAGCGUCUGGGGGAGGUUCUGAUUGGACAGAAACACCAACAGAUUUAAACACAAACACUUGAACUGCUCGUGUCUUUUCUGUCGUCUGGUUUGUGGUUCCUCCACCGACACAAACACCGUCCAGAACAUUUGGACCCGACGUGGUUCCGGAGAAUUCUCUCUGGAUUGAGUCUGGAUCAGAAGCACGAGCCGAACCACCGGGAUUAUUCUGAAGAAACUCACGAAGAAAUUCAUGCAGCUUUAAAAUGAGAAGAAACCAGUUACUUCACUAUGAAGUUUAAUUCACAAUCAACUUUUUUAGUUGGAAUUAAGUGUUCGGACGUUUGAAAGACAAAUUAAAUUUUAUUCACAAUUAAAUGAUUUUGAUUCAGAAUUAAAUCUCUCAUGUAAACGUGGUCAGUGAUGCUCUACUGACCUCUGACCUCUGACCUGUACGGCUGUCGUCUGGAGCAGAGGUCAAAGGUCAGACUCUGAUCUGGAGUUUUUAGAGUUUAUCACAAAUGUGACUAAAACGUCUUUAUUUACAGCGACAGAGGCCGAACUUUGGGCCUGUUGAAAGUCGUGAGAUUUCCUCCUCCUGGAUGAAAACUUGUACCAACCCUAACUCAAGUCAUUUUAACUGUAACUCAAGUCAUUUUAACUGUAACUCGUGUCAUGUUUCAGAUGAUUUUUUCUUAUUUUAAAACGGGAGAAAAAAAACGGCUCAGAUUCUGUGGCUCCAGAAAUAAAACAUGAGACUGAA